AUGGCUUCCCCUUUCUUGCAGAACUCACCAGAUUGGGAUAUGUUGCAGGACCCUUCAAACUUUUUGUUCGAACCAUUUUCAAGCAAUAAUUCUGUUCUUGAACCUAUUCACGAUUCUCUUUGCUUCGAUAUGGUUGAUUUCUCCACGGCACCAACACAGGGAAGCCACAACCAAUUGGUGGUGAAGUCUGAAGAAGUGCAGAAUAAGGAGAAGUCAUACAUAGGUGUGAGGAAAAGGCCUUGGGGAAAAUUUGCAGCAGAGAUCCGAGACACGACCAGGAAUGGCACAAGGGUUUGGCUUGGAACCUUUGACAGUGCAGAGGCUGCAGCGUUAGCUUAUGACCAAGCCGCAUUUUCCAUGAGAGGCCAAAACGCUCAACUCAAUUUUCCAGUAAAAGCGGUGAAAGAGUCUCUGCAAGAGAUCCAAUAUAGCUGCAGCAAUGGAUCUUCUCCCGCACUUGCACUCAAGGAGAGGCACUGCAUCAAGAGAAAAUUGUCAUCAAAGGGUAGAAAGGGUAAAAGGAAAGAGACAUCAAAGGCAGCAACACCAAGUGUUGUGGUGUUAGAGGACUUGGGAGUUGACUAUCUAGAGCAACUUCUAAGCAUAUCUGAUCAGAGUGCAAGCCCUAGCUACUUCAACUAA